GGAAACAUUCCCCGGCCGCGCGCCCCAAUUCUCCUGGGGAACACACUGACACCUCGGGGAACGCCCCAGCCGCGCGACACUGUCCCUGAAAACUUCUUAUCAGCCUCGUUGCAAGCUCCAGAGCAGCGGCGAGAUAAUGCAGGACUACGACGAGGUGGUCGCCUUCCUGGGCGAGUGGGGGCCCUUCCAGCGGCUCAUCUUCUUCCUGCUCAGCGCCAGCAUCAUUCCCAAUGGCUUCAACGGCCUGUCGGUUGUGUUCCUGGCGGGCACUCCCGAGCACCGCUGCCGGGUGCCGGACGCGGCGAACCUGAGCAGCGCGUGGCGCAACCACAGUAUCCCGCUGCGGCUGCAGGACGAUCGCGAGGUGCCCCACAGCUGCCGCCGCUACCGCCUCGCGUUGCUUGUCAACUUCUCAGAGCUCGGGUUGGUGCCCGGGCGCGACGUGGAUCUGGCGCAGCUGGAGCAGGAGAGCUGCCUGGACGGCUGGGAGUUCAGCCAGGACGUUUACCACUCCACUAUCGUGACCGAGGUUUGGCAGGAAGAGCAUCCUCUUUGCAACCAUGGCUGUGCAGACUGGCUUCAGCUUCCUGCAGAUUUUCUCCAUCAACUGGGAGAUGUUCACUGUAUAGUUCGUCAUCGUGGGCAUGGGCCAGAUCUCCAACUAUGUGGUGGCCUUCAUACUAGAUUGCCAUGCUGUGAACUGCCCUAUGGAGGGAACCACUUGGUCAAGGAACUGAUGUCUCAGGACAAUAGAGGAACAGCGACAGAAUUAAUUGUCACUUGGUGCAUUGUUCUGUGGAACCACACUGGCAUCUGAUACCCCUGCCUUAUCUUGUGAUCAUCAUUGACUCAAGUGCACACCCUACUGCAACGGCUACAAUUAUAAAAGUUGUAGUACGUUUGUAAUCACUCCGGUACAUGCGGGUGUUCAAUAAAUAGGUGGUGAUGAGUAUUUUCUCUUUACACCUUCUGUGUGUGAAAAUGAGGCCCAUUUCUAAUCUCUGUUAGGACAGCAAGCAUGCUGAGUAUUGGAGAUUAUAAGUAGUUUGCUCCAUAUCAUAAAAUUAGUUAUCAAAAUAGUAGGAUUCCCCAUAGGAUGCUGGGUCCCAAGUUUUUCUCUGGCAUGUUGUACUAUUAGAGGCAUAUAGUUGGAAUAAAUAUAAAGUGACUACUUCUCGGCAGUCAGUGACAUGCAGGAUGUAGUUCAUGGAUGGUGUCCAUAUUUUAAAUGCUCCUAAACCACAUAAUUGCUGUACCUAAUUUUUAAAACUUUCAGGACAGAAACCUAGUCACGUGACAUGACAUGUUUUUCAAAUGCAGUUGUGUAAAAAUGGCUCACCCAUUGAGCAAGAACAGUC